AUGGCACCCAUCCACCAGCGACGCAACGGCAAAGCACAGCCAAAGGGAAAGGCAAGGGGAAGGGGACAGGCCAAGACAAGGGAAGGCAAGGCUUUGGACCUCGAGAUCCAGACCGGUGAGCACGGAGUCAACAACGACAGCUCAAACCCCAUUCUCUCUCCCACCUCCACUGCUAAGGAGCUCCUUGACUGCGAAAGCGAGGAUCCUAACGACCGUUCUCUUGACAACAACGGCGACGACGAGUGGGAAGACGAAGACGAAGACGAAGACGAGGACGAAGACAAUCUGCAGUUGUGCCAUCAGCACAAUAUCGACACUGGGCGCAGAAACACCCUCCACCGUAUCACCCCGCGUCCCCUCCCUCCACUCCCACAGCUACCUUCAUACCCAUCCUCACAACAGCAGUACUGUGCACCUUCACUUCCAGACCGAUCACAUCGUCGAAGCAACGCCCAAGUCCUCGAUAAAUCCUUUCUUGCGCCACCCCGAGAAUACAAGAUGCCAGGUCCAAAUGUCCCCAAGCCCGGUCCGGCGAAACUGAAGCCCAACUCUGAGCUCCCAGAAUGGUUAGAAGAAGCAAAACAGUGUCACUAUCUUCCCGAGUCUGUUAUGAAGCAGCUUUGUGAAAAGGUGAAAGAGUGUUUGAUGGAAGAGUCCAAUAUUCAACCUGUUGAGACACCUGUUACGAUCUGCGGUGAUAUCCAUGGCCAAUUCUACGAUCUUCUUGAGCUGUUCCGCAUUGCAGGUGGCAUGCCAGGAGAGUCCAACGUUCAAGCGCCAACCACAGUCAUCAGCUCCGACGAUAUUGAACCACCGACCGAGAUUACCGAUCCCAAGCUCCGAAAGAAGAUCCGUUCAUCAGACAGCGGUAUUGAGAGUGCGAGUGGUGAGGAUGAUGACGAGGAAGAACGCGGUCGCCCACGUACAGCAGGUCAAUCAAGUCGUGGUGGUAGUGCUGCUGGAGAUUCAGCUAUCGGUGUUAAUGAGGUUUCUGGCACCGGAAGUCAGAAAUUCAUAUUCCUUGGUGAUUUCGUUGAUCGGGGCUACUUCAGCUUGGAGACUUUUACUCUCUUGAUGUGCCUUAAGGCUAUGUACCCUGAAAUGAUCACCCUCGUGCGUGGUAACCACGAGUCCCGCCAAAUCACUCAGGUCUAUGGGUUCUAUGAGGAGUGUCAACAAAAGUAUGGCAAUGCUUCGGUCUGGAAGUCUUGCUGCCAAGUUUUUGACUUUCUCGUCCUUGCUGCUAUCGUUGAUGGCAGAAUUCUUUGUGUUCAUGGCGGUUUGAGCCCAGAAAUUCGCACCGUUGACCAGAUCCGCGUUGUUGCUCGUGCUCAGGAGAUUCCUCAUGAAGGCGCUUUCUGUGACUUGGUCUGGAGUGAUCCUGAAGAUGUUGAAACUUGGGCAGUUUCCCCUCGUGGGGCUGGGUGGCUCUUUGGUAACAAGGUUGCAACUGAGUUCAAUCACGUCAACAAGUUAACACUCAUUGCCCGUGCUCAUCAGCUGGUCAACGAAGGCUAUAAGUACCAUUUCGCCGAGAAGUCCGUUGUUACUGUCUGGUCCGCUCCCAACUAUUGCUACCGCUGUGGCAAUGUUGCAUCCAUCAUGAACGUCGGCAAAGAUCUGGUCCCGAAGUUCAGCAUCUUCAGCGCGGUCCCCGAGGACCAACGUGCCGUUCCAGCAGGUCGAAGAGGAGCUGGCGAAUACUUCUUGUAGAUCAACCUUUGCAUAUUCACACACUCGACAAUCUUGUGGAGAAUGCUGCAGGAUAUCACGAUGGCGUUUAGAGGUUUUGCAUUCGGAGGAGGCGUUUUGACUACCCUGUACAACAAUUGUCGAUUCAUGUGUUUCUAUAUCUUCUUUUUUCAACGAUUGACGUACACGGUUUUCCUGGAACCAUGAGCAUGAGGAAACAUUGGAGUACUCGUUCGUAGUUCCUCCGCCGUAUCUCCACCCAGUAUUUCAAGAUCGUAGCUGUUCAAGGAUUCUGCAUUACACAAUCACGCUUUCGAUGAGAGCGUCUCUUGGCAUGAUAUGCUGGAGGAUUUGAGCUGUUGGAGACGUCAGGAAAGAUCUCUUCGGAUGUGCUGCCUAGUGCUCCAUGGGUAUAUACAUUUCCGGCUUCUGGUGGUGCGAUUUGGCCGAAAUAGAGAUGUUUCGUAUGUUUCGAGGCAUUGUUCUCUGGCAUUUGACCUGACUGCAAUGUAUGAGUAUUACGAGAUGAGAUAACGACAUCAAUGAAAAUACCAAAAUUUUAGAUGCUGAGGUUUUCAAUGUUGAGGUGGCCUGUGGUAUGAGGUUGCCUAGGUAUGUUGUGAUGCUCUUCAUCCAAUUGCUGCAGCAUUCCAGCGAAGUACGGUGUGCCUCACAUGUCACACAAGAGAAAACAAGUAUGUAUUAAAGUUGCGUUGAGAAUGAUUCAAUACAGUAAGCUAGCUACAUAGAUAUACAUCGCUUCCAAACUCGCAAAUUGCUCACUGAUAAGAUCUAGCAAGAUAAUCGCUCAAACCGCCAGUAUUUUCGUACACCCGUUUUCGAUACAUGGUUGACGAACUUCCUUUACAAUCUCAAGCUCUUUGUAGCUCGUGCUGUUUACAAGCCACUUCUUCCCAUCUCAUCGUCUCAGCCGUAAAGUCUCGUGUCACUUGAAGUGCACACCCGCAGGUGCGUUAGGCUAAAUGCUGUGUCGUACUGUGCCAUGUCUGCCGAUUCUUGUGAAUCGGCUGGAUCAGAUGGCUCAAAGGCAGAUAAGUCCGGAGACUGCUGCUCAGAUCUCAGAUGUGAUCUGACUGUUGGUUACCAGGUUCUCAUCUAUCUUUCCAAGAUAGAUAUAUGUCAUGCAGAGCAAGGCUCAUGCAUUCAUCCAAAACUCAGAUGGCUUCCUCAAUUUCUCUGCUUGUUUUUCCUUUCCGGUGCGGUUCCAAUUUGUCGCUUCAAGAACCACUUCACAGCGGGGAGAGGUGGUAUUUCCCAUCAUUCACACUACUCCCCUUCCCACUCACACUCCCACUCUCAUACCUGCUCCCCCUAGUCUGAACCGUCAGCGGCGCGUGAGCGUACACAGGCGAGCUAGAAUACGACAGCGUACUAGGCGCAUAGUUGACAGUCCUCUCAGGCACGAAUACUACCCCAGGAACACCCGAGCUCGAGUUCCUGGGCGAAGGCAAGAAUGGAUUCGGUGCUGAGUUUGGCGGUGGUUGAGGAGCAGCUGGAUACAUUGGCUGAGGCUGCUGAUAGCUUGAUCUGCGUCCGGAUUCUCGGUGGAAGGAUACGGUGGCUGCUUCUUCGAUCUCCCUUGAGUUGCGAGGCGAGGAUCGGGGUGAUGAGCGAGGUGGGCUGUUGCGGGAUGAGGAUGAGGAUGAGACUUGGCCUUGGACUUCUCGUCUGAGCCUUGCGUUUCUCUCCCGCUCAUCGUCGAGUGCGUCGAGUAGAUCCUCGACUUUGUUACAUAGCUCUGCUUUCUCUUUCUUCAGGAGUCGGUUCUCCUUGUUGCUCUCUGUAAGAGCGGCGUCGAGUUUCUGAGUGCUGGCCUCGUAGCGUUUGAUUCUGUCGUUGGCGGCGUCGAGGGCUUCUUGCACGGCGCGAAGGCUGUGGCGCUGCGUUUCAAUCUGGGCGUUGCUGAAGGAAGUGUUGUUGUUAGGUGUUGUUCCUAAGGAGGCUCGAUCGCUUGCGCUGGAUGACCCGACGCCUGAGUCGCGGCUUGAACGGUGGUGGUGGGAGGCUCCUUUGGUACCACGCUCGUAGUGGACCUUCUUCUUGGUUGAGUUGGUUGAGUUGGGGCUUGACAUUGUGAUAGGAUAGGAUGAGAUAUGUUUUGUUUGGAUGGAUCUGUGUACAGUACUGUACUACUGCAAAGCGAGGCGAGACAGACCGCAGGCUGGGUAGGAUAUGGCUGCCCAAGUGCAGUAAGGUGAGUUGGCAAAGAGGAAAGUGCCAAUGAAUAGUAGGAUAGAUCCAGCUCGUGGGGCGUACUGGCGGUGAAGUAUGGAGGAUUGAGACCCAAUGUUGAUGCAAGGCUGAGUUGGGUUGCGAUUGAGGUCCAGUUGCAGUAUAUAAAGGGUAGAGAGGAACCACUUGACAGACAACUGAACAGAAGUACUCGAAGACUCGGGAUCAAGAAGGAAAGAAAGGAAGAUCUAGCUCGAACUGCUGCCUACCUUCCUUACAUACAUAUCCUCCCUCCCUCAUUCUCGCCCUGCCUAGCUGGCAAUGCAAUCUGGCAAAGGGCAUCGCACACACCCUGCCCUCCCCUCCAUACCGACCUGUCAAUUGGAAGCAUCCUCGCCAGACCAGGACUCAUCUGCUCACCGAGUAAACUGCCCGCCAAGCACCAGGCCCACGCCGACCAAUUGCCCACCGGCGUGAGAGGACGGGAACACGAGCCAGGGGAGGGAGUCAUCGAGCCAUGCAUGUUCUACCGGCGCACCAAUUGCGCUCACAGAGAACGGCGAUGCACUGCCAUUGGUGAGGGUUGGGGAUGGGGUGGGCAUAGGCGCAGGUUGCCUUGAGGAGGAUGGAGGAUGGAAAAGAAGCGGGCACUGCCCGGCUGCCUACAAUAUCCUGAUCCUGCGAGCCUGCGUGGUUCUCGCUGCAGAAGCCUGUCAGGUGGAACGCCAAAAGGCGCAGCACGCACUGAAGCCGCUGCAAAGAGGAGAGAAAUCCGCCUUGUCGCCUACAGAAGAGCCUCUCCUUCUUCCCUUUUCCCGGUUGGCCUUUACCUGGGGUACAUUAUGGUACUGAAAAUUCGGUCGGUUGAACUGGGGGGCCUGCAAAUGUGGACGAAAGUCGAUGUUGCCUACCCUACCUUAUCUACCAAGGUAUCUACUGUAAUCCAUUGGCGAUGUCCAGAUCCGUCACCGUGGGAUUUCCUUGCCCCACCUGCACCUCCUCCUCGACCCUGCCCGGUCUUGCAGUUUGCAUGCUUUCUUUGCAGUUCUCCGUACCUUACUACAAGUACUGUCCAUUGUUCCUUGCAGUGCAAGACUGCAAGUGCAAAAGUGGAGCACACUCGCUACCUACAUCCGAAGGCUACCUUACCUACUAUACCUACUGUGCGGGCUGUGGAAUUGCAGUCGUUCGGACAGCUCAGUGGUCAAUGUUAAUCCAUCGUCAGAGUGCGUUGUCUGGCUGCAGUUGCUGCUCGCAAUGCAGCCACCUGCAGUCCUGCGAGCAGCCGACGCGACAAGUGGAGAGGCUGCAAGCCUCGGAGAAAGCUACUCGACGUCAAGGCCACUUGUUGAUAUUUAUGAAGUAGGAAGAUUUCUUCUUCACGGCCUUGAAAAAUCAAGGUUCGCAAUGAAAAAAAGAAAAAAAAAAAAGCACCGCUCAGUCAUCCAUCGGCACCCACCCAGACCUCGAGGCCGAAGCACACAAGGAAAGGGCCGAGAUCAUCACCACUUUCUAUACAGCAAAC